GAAACAACCAAAUCAGAUCAGAACAUUAAGAAAUAAUAAAAUAAUAAAAAGUUAAAUUAAGAUGUGCGAACAUGCAACAGAUUAUUACAAUAAUUAUGGAUUAGGAGCGUAUCAAUUGGUUAAUUCAUAUUUUUCAAGUCCAUCAACAAGAGAGCGACGCAAGAAGCGAGCAUUAUCAAGUCAGUGCUAUGUGUGCCACAUGACUAGUACAUCGAAGCUCUUUUCAUGUCUUCAUUGCAUUUUCUUUGCCUGUAAGGCUCAUCUGAUUGAGCAUUUUAAGUUAAAAAAGCAUAAUAUAGGAGUAAACCUUGAGUUCGGGAUGACAUACUGCUUUCUAUGCAAUGAUUAUAUCUACGACACAAAGUUCCUUAAGAUCAAUGAACGGAAUCAAUUUAAGGCUGCUAGAAACAUGAAAAAGAGUUUAAAUUAUUUCCCUUGGUUCCAAUUUCCAUCAGACUUAGAGAUUGCUUGCCUUAAGCAGCACACAAAGAAGGAAAUUAAGGAAAACAAUCGUCUGGGACUUCGUGGACUGUUUAAUUUGGGCUCUACAUGCUUUAUGAACUGUAUUAUUCAAGUAUUGAUUCACACUCCAGUUCUAAGAGAUUACUUCCUCUCUGAUCGACAUAAUUGCAAGCUAGCAAGCUGUAUGGUCUGUGAGAUCAAUAAUAUUUUUCAAGAGUUUUAUUCUGGCAAAUCCACCCCAAUUUCUCUACAUGAUUUACUUGUUUUAAUUUGGAAGAAUGCAAGUCACUUGGCUGGAUAUCGGCAGCAUGAUUCACAUGAAUUCUUUAUAGCUAUACUUAAUCUUCUCCAUACUCACUUCCGCGAUAGCUCAAAAGGCACUCAAACUGAUCCUUGUAACUGUAUUAUCGAUGAAAUAUUCACUGGCGAAUUGCUCUCAGAUUUAGUAUGUACUACAUGCCAUCACGUAUCUCCAACUUUUGAGCCAUUCAAGGACUUGUCAUUAGACUUGUCUUUCGAUACUGGCAAUCAGCCAAAAUCAUUAAUUCAUUGCUUGGAGAGAUUUACUCGUCUCGAGCAUUUAGGUGUUAAAUUGACAUGCAGCAAGUGCAAUACAGAACGAGAGUUUACUAAGGAAUUGAGCAUUGAGACACUUCCAAUCAUUGCUUCAUUCCAUCUCAAGAGAUUUGAACAGACUGGCUUGAAUGACAAGAAGAAAAUAUCCAAUUUUGUAGCAUUUCCGGACGAAUUAGACUUGACACCAUUCCUCACAAAGUCUCGUGACAGUGAAAAUUCUUUAAAUCGAGCAUCAGCCAAGUAUUCACUUUAUGCGGUCGUCAAUCAUGAAGGCAAGUCUAUAGAUGUCGGACAUUACACUAGUUUUGUUCGACACACAAAAAAUUGCUGGAUUAAAUGUGACGACUUAAGCUUGACGCCAUAUUCGAUUGAUCGUGUUCUCAAUAGUGAAGGCUACUUGCUGUUCUAUCACAAGAAAAUACUUGAAUAUAAUUAAUCAUGUCUAUUUAUGUCCUUUAUGAAAUAUUGAUGCUGAAAAAUAAAAUUGAACUGUGACUACUCU